AUGGCUGGCCUUCGCCUUGUAAUCGCAGACUCUCCCCGACUUGGUAGCGUCCCAUGCUGGUAUAUCCCCAUACUUUCUGGGAUAUCAUGGCUUUUCACACUCCUUACCAUGCCCUCUGGAUGGCUGUCAACGAAUUCACCACACUACUCGGAGAUGAAGGCCAACCAGAGAUAUGCCUACAUCAGCGACAUCGGAGCAUCGCCAUGGGGCAAGCCAAUCUUCAUUACUGGUGCAACAAACACAGUGAUGUCCUUCGGUAUCGCCUUCGGGGUUGAGCGAUGGCUACGGCAUCGAGGCUUACUCCUCCACGCCAGUAGCGCCACAAGCACAACUCUAUCGACGUUGAGAUCGAUCUUCACAGUCGCGGGUGCCUCCGGUCUUAUAUUGCUAACGAUCUUCGACGUCAAGCGACACAAUAACACUCACUUCAUUUGCCUGGGCGUGUUUCUCGGUGGCUAUCUUCUUGCAGAGACGUUCAUGGCUCUGGAGAAGCGAAGAUUGUGGAGGAAGUACCCGGACAACACAUACAUCCGCCGAUCCUUCCAUAUCAAGGUAUCCUUUGUUGCUAUCGAGCUAGCACUUGCAGCAGUGUUCGGCAUCUUCAACUUAUCCAACAACAGCGCGUUAUUAGACUGCUCUGUGAUCGUUGAGUGGACUCUGGCGCUCCUGUUCUCCUUCUCCAUCUCGAGCUUUGAGGUCGACUUUCUGCCCGUGCCGCUGAGAGGUAGAGAAAGAGCCACCAGCCUGGAAUCUGACAUAGACCAAGCGAGACUGGUGGAGGACAUUGAGAAGAUGUGUCAUCUCGAGAUGGCGUCUGUUAGAAAGCCGGAGGGUGCUGUUCGGCGCGAGGCGAGGCAUUUGAGAGCGUCGGAACCUGUACGUGUGUGGAGAGUGCAAAGUUUUAUCUGGCCAGAAUAUGGAUCGAGGCAUUAUCUCAAGCUGUAG